UUGAGUAAAAAAGAAUCGAAGGAAUUGAAAAGCAAACGCAAUUGCUGCCAGCAGCGGCAGAUGCCAAAAUAACGUAAUCAGCAUGUCAUCCUAUCGCAGUUAUGCGCCCUGGAAAUCGAACUUGGGCAGUUCUUCAUACAAGCCGACCAGCUCAACAUAUACGUUGGGAUCGGAUUUGGGCGGGGGUGCCACAUCGCGUUACAGUUCGCUAGCCACGCCCAGCUCCUACAGACCGUCGUUCUCUGGCGGCACAUAUCGCAUCAAGCGCGAUCCUCCUGCCCCGACGCCCGUCACCAGCUACGUGAGUCGCUAUGCCAAGACGGAGCCCACCAAGCCAGAAGUCGCCAGCAGCGAUCGCAGCAGUCCCAUCAAGCGGUACACGGGAGCCAGCACAAAGCUGAGCAAGUAUGGACGCUCGCGGGAUCCCAGUCCUGUGGCGCUGGAGCACACGAAUCGAGCGACGUCCAAGUCGCGGGAUCCCAGUCCCCAGCUAAGCGGAGCUGGUUAUCGGAGCAGCGUCUCGAGGAAUGGCUACAACAGUCGCUAUGCGCCGAGUGGAACGAGAUUGAAUGGAGCGGGCAGCACGCUGGACAAGUCCAUCUCCUAUUUGACCACGAGUGACUUCCAUGCGAGGACCGCCAGUCGCAAGGCGAGCAGGGAGAAGGAGGUGGAGGAGCAGCAGCAGCAACAGCCAAAGGCGGAAGAGCUGAAGGAAAUAGAGGAUGAGCCGAACAGCAAAGAGAGGCAGAUGAAAGAGGAGCAGAAGGAGGAACAGGAGCAGCAGGAGACGGAAGAACCAGAAGAGACCUUUGUCUCUGUGUUGGUGGUGACCAGAGCCACCUCGCCCACACCGCCAGGCAGCACCACCGUGCAGCGCACACGUCGCAUCGACAUAGCCAAGACCAUCGAGAAGACCAUUCAGCGAUCCACAAGAAAGCGUCAAAUGCUGGAGAAGGAGAUCCAGUCGGAUCGGCUGGACGACUCCACACGCUUUCUGCGCUACAGCGCCGGCGGCAGCAGCUCCAUCAGCUCCAACUACAGCACGCACAGGGAUCGCAUUAGCAGCCUGCGCUACAGCGCCAGUCCCCAAGCCAGCAGCUCCCCCAAGUCCAGCUCGCCCAGCGUGGAGAGCAAGAGCAACGGAGCUGUGAGCCUGGCGAGCAGCAAGUCCUCGAGCAAGUCCAAGCUAUCGCCGCCUAAGGCAGUUCGCCUGAACUCACGGCAAUCCUCAGUGGAGAAUCUGGUGAACAAGCCGCCGGCGGUGCCCGCCAAGGCGGAGUCACCCACCAAGAGCUGCAACGGCAGCAGCAGCUCGGGCAGCUCCUUGGCCAAGUGGCCCUGGCCCAACAAGGACUUCCGCAAGAGCUCCCUGAAUGUGGGUCCCACGGACAGGCCCAGGCAGUCCCGGACGCCCAGUAGCGGCGGCGAGUCGGAGGAGGCGGUCCUGGAGCGCUCACCCAGCGCAGGAUCCGACUGUGCUGCCUCCAAGCCGGCCAUGCUGGCCAAUGGCAAGACAGCGGCUCGACAGCUCAAGGCGCACAAGUCGUGCAACGGGAGCAAGGAGAGCAGUGAGAGCAACGGGAGCAAGGAGAGCAAGGAGAGCAGCCUAUGCAAUGGCAGCAAUAGGAGCAGCAAAAGCAAUGGGAGCAAUGGAAGCAACGGCAGCAGUGAGAGCAAGGAGAGCAGCAAAUGCAAUGGCAAUGGAUACAGUGGCAGCAAGGAGAGCAGCGUCAGCUGUUCGACUACAUCCGCCUGCUCCUCCUCCGAUGGCGAACAGCGCGCGAAGACUACCAAGAAGCAGGGAAAGAAGAAGUCGCCAGCGAAUGGCAGCCAAAACAAAGUGAAAGAGAAGGCGAAGGCAAAGGCAAUGCAGAGAGAGGAGCAGCCGACGCCAGAGAGCGAGAGCCAGAGCCAGAACCAGAGAGAGGCAGAGAGCGAGAGCGUCGAAUUGGCAUUGGGCAACCAAAAUAGCAACAAGUCGUCGCUUGACUCACCCAAUGAGGGGGCCAUGGGGGUGGGGGUGUCAGUGGGUGCGGAUCGGUCGCAGUCGCGUCUGCAGAAGCUGUCGAAGGUAUCGAAUUUUUUGGCCACUCGUCAGCACGACGCAAAUAGUGAGCCGAUCUUCCUCGAAAGCUCCGAGAGCGCUGGUAGCGAAGCGGAAUCCCAACCAGCUUUGGCCAGUCUCUUGCUAGACACGCAAACGAACGAACCAGCGACAACGACAACGACGACGCCAGCCACGUCGACGACGACGACAACGACGAAUCCGACGACAAGUCCCAAUCAAACGACCACGAGGCAGGAGAGCCUGACCAGCGAGGCCCAGCAGGAGGAUACGGAGGAGCCCAGUUGGUGGCAGGACACGAGCCUACAGAUCAAUACGGCGUCCGCCUUGGACAAUAACAAUCGCAGCGAAAUGCCCUACAGGCUGAGGCACAUCGAUUCGGGCGAGGAUCACGCCUGGUGGCUGCGUCCCGAUGAGGAUGAUACGCUGGCGGAGACCACGCUGAAUGCGCUGGAUGAUGAGCAGGAUGCGAGUGUGGCGACCAUUUCGCAGGGAGAAUCUGGUUACAGAUGGAGCAGCAGCAAAGACGAGCACGAACGAGAGCGGGAGGAGGAGCAGGAGGCGAGAGUGGAGGAGUUUGAGCAGGAGGAGCAAGUGAAGCGCAUGCCGCGCAGUCGCAUCUCACCCGAGCAGGAUGCCUGGUGGCUAGACGACGAGCAGCAGCAACCGCAGCCGCCGCAGGAGCCCACGUCGAAUGGCUACCACGAGGACUGCAACAAUGUGGAGGUGACCUUGAAGCUGCCCAGCAGCAGCGGCAGCAGCAGCAACAAGAGCAGCCAAUCAUCCGCAGCAAAGUCACCUUCCUGGUGGCAAGCGGGACCCGCCAAGAAGCUCUUCAAUGUGCAGCGCGUGGAGUCCGGGGAGCGCGCCUGGUGGCAGGAACAGGAGCAGGUGGAGCCACAACCGCAAUCGCAACCGCAGCUACAGCCGCCGCCAGUGAAACUGCCAACGCCGCCGCCAACACCGCCGCCGCGCAUCAUCAAGCCCUGGGAUUCGGGCGAGCGAGCCUGGUGGCUGGAGGAGGAUCAGCCAGAGCAGCCGGAGCAACCACAGGCAACAAGUGGCGACCAGGUCGAUGCACAGGUGCUUAGUCAGCCCUGUGAGAUGAGCACCUCCUUCGACUUUGCCUACUCGGUGCGCCCGAAUCCGUUAGGCCAAUGCGCCAGUCCGCUGCCGGCAGAGCAAAUCGAGCAGAUUGAUCAGCGAAAGCUUUGCGCGUCACCUUACGAUAACAUUCCAAUGUCAAAAGUUCAAAUGGCAGCGCCGCCGUUGCAGUUGCAGUCGGCGUCGCAGUCGUCGCCAAUGCCGCCAACACCGCCGCCGCGUUACUCUUAUACGCCGCCCACGUGCCGUGUGGGCGAUAAGCUUUUCAUUUCGCGUCAUCAAAACAUUGACGAGCUUUUGGGUGGCGCAUGCCGGCCGCUCAGUCCGCUCUUCUACAGCGGUGGCAGCGCAGCUGAGAGCGAAGCGACAGCGCUGCCGCUGGCGAGCAAAAAUAUGUUUCUGCUGGAAGAGAUAACGCCGGAUCAAGUUCGCAUUCACGACAGCACCGCACAGUUGCCGGUUAUACAGCGCAUGCAGCGCGAUGUGGAAUGGCUAGGGAACGGCAGCAGCAGCAGCAACUUUUACGAGCAGCAGAAGCAGCAACCGCAGCAGCGCAGGAUUGAUGACGCAGCUAUUCAGGUGUACAAGGAUGGCGACUUUGGCGCUUAUCUGGAUCUGGAAUCAUCGCUGGCUGAGCAGAGCGAGGAAAUUGAGGGGCUACAAGCCAGUCGCAAAAAUUCUUUGGUUAUUCGCACACAGCUGAGCGUUCGCGUUCAUGCGAUUAUAGAGAAACUUCUAUCAUCGGAGGGCAGCGAUCUGCGACGUGCUCUGUUCUCGCUCAAGCAGGUGUUCCAGGAGGAUAAGGAUCUGGUGCAUGCCUUUGUCGCACUGGGCGGUCUCAAUUGCCUCGUGCGCGUCGGCAAUUGCGCGGAUCAAAACUAUCAGAACUAUAUACUGCGUGCCCUAGGCCAGGUCAUGCUCUAUGUGGAUGGCAUGAAUGGCGUUAUGAAGCAUCAGCCCACCAUGGAGUGGCUCUACUCAUUGAUCGCCUCCAAUUACCGUUCAGUGGUUAAGACGGCGCUCAAGCUGUUGCUCGUGUUUGUGGAGUAUGCCGAGACCAAUUGCUAUGUGUUAGUGAGCGCCAUUCAUGCAGUGGACGCCGCUCAAGGCACUUUGCCAUGGGCCAAUAUAAUGAGACUGCUUAAGGACUAUGAUAAUGCGGAUGCAGAGCUAGUGAUCUAUGCCACAUCGUUGAUAAAUAAGACACUGGCCGGUCUGACAGAUCAGGAUAGUUUCUAUGAUGAGAGUGAUCUGCUGGAGCAGCAGGGCAUGGAGACGGUUAUACAGCGCUAUAUGUCCAAGCCAGGCACAGAUCUGGAUCUGCUGGAUCAACUGCAGCUGUACGAGGCGGUGUUGAAAUUCGAGGAUGGCGAAUCGGAUGGUCAGCGCUUGCCGCAGAACUCAAUGCGCAAGACUCAGCGCUAUCGUCCGGGCGCCAGCACCACGGAGCGACGCAAAUCGCGUCGCCACAGCACAGACAACAGUCCGGCGCCCCUGACCAAGGUGCUGCCCACACAGGUGCUGCGCAUGACACCCACGCAGGCGACGGUCGAUGAGGACGAUAGCUCUGGGUCGACAAAUUCUACAGAGUUUAGCAAUGGCAUAUUUCAGGAGAAGAAACCACGUGAUGGCGCUGGUGUCACACCUGGUCUGCGGCGUCGCCGUGAGCGCGCCGAGCGGCACAAGAGCUUCCUCAAGGAGCAGGAGGAGGCGGCAGCCAAUGGCAUCUUUGCGGCACGUGAGCUGCGCGAAAGCUAUGGCCAAAUUGUAACCGCCAUUCCUGCAACCAUACAAAGCGGCGACAGUCCGCCGCAAUCGCUGCAAUCUGAGCUGCCAGUGGCUCCACAGUCGCCCACGCCCUGCAACAACAACAGCAACAUCAACAACAACAACAACAGCAGCAGCAACCACAUUAACAACAACAGCAACAACAACAUCAACAACAAUAGCAAUAGCAAUGGCCAUCACACCCACAACAUCCACAUUGACACGCCCAACAACAGCUUGCUGCUGAGUCCCACGAAGCAGCUGCUAAGUGGCAGCCAGAGCAUCUCGAUCAUCAACAACAGCUUCGACAAGGCCAACAACAAUAUGAACAACCAGAAUGAGUUCCUUACCAAAAAGAAUCUCUUUCGGGAGCGCAACGCAACUGUGAUCAACGGCAUCAUGAAGAACAUACAGCAGACGGACAGUGCCUACAAAAAGUAUGAGAACGAUGCCAAUCGACUGAACAACUAUUACACACAGCUCAGCCAAUCGCCCAAGCAUCUGGCCCACCACCCAGUCCAGGAGAAGUCACUGAAUGGCAACGGCUUCGAGUUUGUGCCCGACAGCUCAACGCCGCUGAAGGCGGAUGCUUUGCCUCCGCCCGAACCGCUGAGUCCCAUACACAAGCCAGCGGGAGUGGCGCCACCACCGCCUCCGCCGCCGCCUCCACCACCACCACCACCUGGCUGGUGGCACAUACCCAUAGCCACCAAUGCAAAUGCAACUAGAACCCUAACCAGUACUAACCAAGAGCCUCCAACAGCCAUGGAAGCAACAGAUCUGGAAGACAAGGAAAUGCUAAUGCAGCUGAAACGUGAUCACACCGUCAAAGAUCUGACACAGAAACUAUGCAAUCUGCCCACGAGCCCCACACAGGAGCCAGGCAGCCGCGCCAUUGUGGGCGACAUGUCUGGUCUGAUUUCGAAAGCCAAAGAGGGGCUUGCCAAGAGCAAGAGCAAAGGUGAAAUUUCACGCUCAUCGAGCGUCGACCAGGAACUGAAAAAGGCUGAGCCGAAGAAAUCGGAGAAUGAGCUGCACUGGGAGGAGUUGGUGCGCAACAUGACGCGACCAUUGAACCUAUGUGAUCUGGACUUUACUGAUCUGCACUCGGAUGAUGAGAAGGAUGUGCUGGCGCCGCGUGGCCUUGGCGCCGGCAUACCGCCACCACCGCCGCCGCUGGGUGGAGGCAUGGUGAUGCCGCCGCCCAUGAUGCCGCCCUGCCUGAUGCCGCCGCCCAUGUUCAGCUAUGCGGGCUACGGGGCGAGCAGCCUGACGAACAGCGUGAAUAGCUCGCUGAAUGGCUCGAUCAACGGCGAGCUGGCCAAUGGCAACAAUACCAUCAAGAAGAACAAGAAGACGGUCAAGCUCUUCUGGAAGGAAGUGCGCGAGGACAUGAUUCCCCAGGUGAUUGGCAAAACCAUCUGGGACGAGCUGCCCAGUGCGAAUGUGGACACCCAGAAGCUGGAGCACUUGUUCGAGUCGCGCGCCAAAGACUUGAUGACCAAGAAGCAACAGGAGCUGAACAAGAGCAAGGAGAUCAUCGUGCUGGACCACAAGCGCUCGAAUGCCAUCAACAUUGCGAUGACCAAGCUGCCGCCGCCGCGCGCCAUCAAGGCGGCCAUUCUGAAGAUGGAUGCCACUGUGGUGACGCGCGAGGGCAUCGACAAGCUGCUGAACAUGCUGCCCACGGACGAGGAGCGCGGCAAGAUCCAGGAGGCGCAGCUGUCCAAUCCGGAACUGCCCCUGGGCAGUGCCGAGCAGUUUCUGCUCACACUGGCCUCCAUCACAGAGCUGGGCGCACGCCUGAAGCUCUGGGCCUUCCGCCUGGACUUUGACAACUGCGAGAAAGAGAUUGCCGAGCCGCUGAUGGAUCUCAAGCAAGGCAUUGAGAUACUGCGCCACAAUCGCACCUUUCGCAGCAUCCUCGCCACGCUGCUCUCCGUGGGCAUCUUCCUGAACGGGGCGCCGGUGAAGGGCUUUCAGAUCGAGUAUCUGGCCAAGGUGCCGGAGGUGAAGGAUACCGUGCACAAGCAUUCGCUGCUGCACCAUCUCUGCCACAUGGUCAUGGAAUCGAAUAGCGAUACCACGGAUUUGUAUUCCGAAAUCGGACCCAUUACGCGUGCCUCCAAGGCCGACUUCGCCGACCUCGCCCACAAUCUCACCCAGCUGGAGUCCGAGUGCAAGGCGUCGUGGGACCGCCUCAAGCUCAUUGCCAAGCACGACUGUGCGCCGCCCCUGAAGCAGAAGCUGGUGGACUUCCUGGCCGACUGCGCCGAGCGCAUCAUCAGCCUGCAGACCGUGCAUCGGCGCGUGAUGAAUCGCUACCGCAAGUUCCUGCUCUGGCUGGGCAUGCCGCAGCACAGUGUGGCCGAGUCGCGGCCGAACGAAUUCUGUCGCACGCUCUCCGAGUUCGCGCUGGAGUACCGGACGACGCGCGAGCGUGUGCAGCAGCAGCUGGAGAAGAAGGCCAAUCAUCGGGAGCGCAACAAGACGCGCGGCAAGCUGAUCAUUGACAUGGUCAAGUUCAAGACCAAAGAGGAUGUGGCUGAUGCCGAACUAAAACAACUGCUUGGCACUCCCAGUCCCGAUCAGACGGAUGGCACGCUCACCUGGCGUCGGCGCCGCGCAGAGCAGCUGCGCUCGCCCAUUGCCCGACAGAGCGAGGAGCAGUUCACCGACGGCGAUGACGAAAUACUCGAGUCCCUGGUCAAGACGGCGACCAAGGCGUCCGGCACAAGGACCACGCCACGUGAACGCAAGCGCACCCGCCAUGCGGAUCGCAAGUCCUUGCGCCGCACGCUGAAGAACGGCCUCACCGAGGAGGAGAAACAGCACGUGGCUGCGUUGAUACAAACCUAUUAGAGCUAAGUUCGAACCGGGCAAAACUGUUCACCCAACCCACACUCAAUCCAACCCAGUGACGUCACAAGUCGGGCUAUGCACAGACUGAAAUUGGCGAUCUCACGUGCAGCAAAUCAAAUCUGGAUACAGCGCGUAUCUCUUUCUCUUUCUCACUCACUAACGCACCCCACGCAACCCAAAUCUCCCCGCAAAGUGAAACGGAAAACGACGCAGUCCUACAAAAAGCAAAAUCCAAACAAGUUCUCUUAAUUAAUUUUCCUGUUAUUCGAUAUAUUUUGAUUUUGUUUGUUUUUACUUCGUCUAAGUAUUACAAUUGAGAAUG